AUGGCCGAAGACCCGUCCGCUUUCCCGAAAGGGUUCCCUUUUGCGAGGAAGCGCAAGGGCCGUGUAGAUGAGAGCGAGAGCGAGAGCGGGAGUGAGAGCGAGAGCGAGAGUGACGACGACGGCGACAACGAGAGCGACGACGACAAUGUCGGUGAUGAUGUCGGUCCAAGUUCCAGCCAGGGCAAGCCUCGGAGAAAGGCAACCCACUAUGGCGCUCCGCCAUUGCCGUCGGCCAGCAAGAAGAGGAAGCGCAACAAGGCUGCUUCUCCGGAGGAGGAAAAAUUCACCGACAGAGCCUUCCCAGAGGCUCCAGAUCAGGCCGACGAGGCUGAUCAGAUGCUGUACAAAAUGGGAGGCAGGCUGGAGAGGAACUGGGACGAGAUCGAGAAAAAGUGGGAGGAGAUGACUGGAGAAGCACCCGGAACGGGAACCAACGUGAACCUCACGGCACGGUUCUUGUGGACAAUCAAGCUCUACGCUUAUAAUGGCGUCCUCGACCUCCCAGACGAAAUCAUCCUGAGCUACCCGCCGUAUUUCCACGAAUUGAUCGACAUCAACAAAAUAGCCAAACAGGACAAGUUGAUCGCACGCCUCAAAGAAGAGGUUGAGAAGGAGCGGGAGGUCUCUCUGUGGAGGGAAAUCGCCCGACGAUACCAAGCUGCGACCCAAGAUGGACUCUCUGCAGCUACCCUGCGUAGGUACUGGUAUGAGGCCCAAGACAAGGAUGUUCCUCUGGAAAAACGGGCUCCAGCACAAGCCGGCGAGGAUGACGAGGAGACCGACCAGAGCGGCCUGGUGGACAUAGAUCCGAAGGAGCUAGAGGAGGCACGCAGAAAGGUAGCCGAGGCCGUGCAGGCGCAAGAGAAGGGACCGUUGGUUUCUUACGAGAGCGACAGCGACUAG